UAGAGUAAAUUUCACAAACCACACUUUUUGGGGUUAGGGUUUCAUUGUGCCACAGUUAUCACUAAUAGUCUCACAGAACCACAGUUUUUUGGGCAAGCUGUCUCACAGAACCCAAAUUAGGUAGAUUGGACCGUUUGAUGGUAUUUUUGACAGGCGAGACCCACUUGACAUAUGCCAAGUCCGACAGACCCAUUUCGUUGCCACAUCAGCUUCCGGAUCCAUCCGGACCCGUUAAAGGUUAUUUCUCUACCUAAAUCGUCAUCUCGGGUCGGGUCCAGGAACUGAUAUGGCAACGAAACGGGUUGUUCGCUUGAGGUGGCGUGUGACUGGUGGGCCCACCUGUCAGAAAAACCAUUAAACGACAUAAUCUACCUGAUUUGGGUUCUGUGAAACAGAGUGCCCAAAAAACUGUGGUUCUGUGAAACUAUUAGUGAUAACUGUGGCCCGAUGAAACGCUAGCCUCGAGAAAUGUGGUUUUGUGAAAUUUACUCAAAAAUAUAAGAUAUAAAGUAUUGUUAUUUUCACUUUCCUUUUUGUCCGGAAAAGAUUGGUGGCAAUCAUUCCAACAGUAGUGACAGUACUCAUAAAAAUAGCUCUGUACAAUGUAAGCUGUCCCUUUAUAUUCACUUCUCCUUAUAUAUAGGGGAGAUGGACCCUCACACUGAGCUCAUUGAGGUAGCCAAAUAGGUUCUGAUCACACCUUUCUCCUCCUCCAUGCUUUACACUGGUACCACUGUAGUGCAUGCAAGAGGAGAGGCAAAAAGAUGAUUUCCCUAGCAGCUUAGGUUGUGCCUGCCUACAUCUUUUAGCUAGCUUCUUUCAGAGAGAGGCAGAGGACUAUAGCUAGCUAGGAGCGAGGUGUGAUCAUCCAGUUCCACGAGAGCUUAGGAGUGUGAGCUUCUUCCAAGAGAGAGUUGUGUGUUUGUGUGCCUAGCUAUAUAUAAGUUCAUAGCCUAUUGAUCGAUUCUCGAUCCAUCGAUCGGUCGAUCAUGCAAGAGCAAGCUAACGGAACGAGCCCUAGGCAGAGUUCCUGCCUUGUGAAUGGCCCUAUCAUCGUUGGCGCCGGUCCUUCGGGCCUUGCCGUGGCGGCCACCCUUCGCCAGCACUCUGUGCCAUUCACCAUCCUCGAGCGCUCCAACGGCAUUGCCGAUCUCUGGACGAACCGCACCUACGGCCGGCUCCGCCUACACCUCCCCAAGGUGUUCUGCGAGCUUCCACACGUCCGCUUCCCUCCCGACUUCCCGAUUUACCCGAGCAAGCACGACUUCCUCCGCUACCUCCACUCCUACGCGGCGCACUUCUCCAUCGCCCCACUGUUCGGCCGUGCCGUGACGCAGGCACGGUUCGACGAGGCGGCGGCUCUGUGGCGGGUCACCGCGGUUGCGGACGGCGGCGAGGUGACUGAGUACGUGUCCAAGUGGCUGGUGGUGGCCAGCGGGGAGAACGCGGAGGUGGUGGUGCCCAAGGUGAAGGGGAGGGAGAGGUUUGCCGGGGAGGUGUUGCACUCGAGCGAGUACAAGAGCGGGGAGAGGUUCAAGGGCAAGAGGGUGCUGGUCGUGGGGUGUGGCAACUCAGGGAUGGAGAUGUGCUUGGACCUCUGUGAGCAUGGUGCAAUCCCUUUCAUGUCAGUUAGGAGUGGGGUGCAUGUUUUACCCCGAGAGAUGCUUUGGUCCUCAACAUUUGGCAUCGCCAUGAAGCUACUGCGAUGGCUGCCGGUAAAGCUGGUCGAUAGGCUCCUCCUCUUGGCUGCAAAGAUGGCCCUGGGGGAUACCGAAAAGUACGGGCUUAAGAGGCCCAAGCUGGGCCCGCUGGAGAUCAAGGACGUGACCGGGAAGAGCCCUGUUCUCGACGUGGGAGCAUGGUCCUUGAUCAAAUCUGGAAACAUCAAGGUGGUGGCAGAAGUGGAGUCACUGGGCUGCAACGGGGCAAGGUUCGUGGACGGCAGCGAGAUGGCGUUCGAUGCCGUCAUCUUCGCCACCGGCUACAGAAGCAACGUCCCGUCCUGGCUCCAGGACGCUGGUGGGUUCUUCACGGAGGACGGGAAGCCGCGGGCUCGGAGCCCCGCGAGCAGCAACUGGAGAGGGCCCAAUGGGCUCUACUGCAUCGGGUUCUCCGGCAAGGGCCUUCUCGGCGCGGGCAAUGACGCGCUCAGGGCCGCCGCCGACAUCGCCGGGAGCUGGCUGCAGGAGCAGGAGCAGGCAGCAGCUGGAAUCUCCCCAGUGUGAGCUACGCAUGCAUGUAGCUAGAGGGAGACUGGUGCGAGCAGACGACGACUGAUGCUGCUGUUCACUGCAGGCAGCAGCAGCAGCAGCUGAUGAUGCACACACACAUGGAGUAUGUAUAUGAGGGAGAGGAGGAGAGAGCUGAGGUGCAGGUGUGUGUGUGCGCGCGCGCGCGCGUGUGUUAGCGUGUGUGCGCCGUAGCUAGACUUGCGACAAAAUUUUGCAUAGGAAGUCGCCUGUCUGUCAAUCGAUCGAUCUCGUGCGCCCCCA